CGCGUGAUAUUCUUCCGCGGGACAGUGACGCGGCCUUUUCCUUCCGACAACAGUAGCCGAGAGCGAGCAGCAGUGCUGCUCAGGAACAUUAGCUAAUUCGCGUACAGUAAAUUUAAAAAACUGCAUUCGCGGUAACGUGAUAAGAUAGGGAACAUCUGGGUGUUUUUGUUCUUCUCUGCAACUUUAUUUUGGUACUUCACUUCCCUGUUUGCUACACCGCUUGAACGCUGAAGAAAUAUAAUCCGGUUCGUGUUGUGCGCUGCGAGGCUAACGUUAGCUAGCUACUUCUGGAGUGAGGCUCGGGCAGAAUGGAGCUGAUUGCAAUCCUCGAAAAAACGGUCUCUCCAGAUCGAAAUGAACUGGAGGCUGCGCAGAAGUUUCUGGAGCAGGCGGCGAUUGAAAACUUGCCCACGUUCCUGGUGGAGCUGUCCAAGGUGCUGGCCAAUCCGGGGAACAGCCAGGUGGCACGCGUGGCCGCUGGACUCCAGGUCAAAAACUCCCUUACCUCCAAGGACCCCGACGUGAAGACGCAGUACCAGCAGAGAUGGCUGGCCAUCGACAGCAACGCCCGCCGGGAGAUCAAGAACUACGUGCUACAGACCCUGGGCACGGAGACGUACCGGCCCAGCUCCGCCUCCCAGUGCGUGGCCGGCAUCGCCUGCGCGGAGAUCCCCGUCAACCAGUGGCCCGAGCUCAUCCCCCAGCUGGUGGCCAACGUCACCGACCCCAGCAGCACCGAGCACAUGAAGGAGUCCACGCUGGAGGCCAUCGGCUACAUCUGCCAGGACAUCGACCCCGAGCAGCUGCAAGAGAACGCCAACCAGAUCCUGACCGCCAUCAUCCAGGGCAUGAGGAAGGAGGAGCCCAGCAACAACGUGAAGCUGGCCGCCACCAACGCGCUGCUCAACUCCCUGGAGUUCACCAAAGCUAACUUUGACAAAGAGACGGAACGACACUUUAUAAUGCAGGUGGUCUGUGAAGCGACACAGUGCCCGGACACGAGAGUACGAGUAGCGGCCUUACAGAACCUGGUGAAGAUAAUGUCCCUGUAUUAUCAGUACAUGGAGACGUACAUGGGGCCCGCUCUGUUCGCCAUCACGAUAGAAGCCAUGAAGAGCGACAUCGACGAAGUGGCCUUGCAGGGGAUCGAGUUCUGGUCCAACGUGUGCGACGAGGAGAUGGACCUGGCCAUCGAGGCGACUGAGGCGUCGGAGCAGGGAAGACCUCCGGAACACACCAGCAAGUUCUACGCCAAAGGGGCCCUGCAGUACCUGGUGCCCAUUCUCACCCAGACCCUCACCAAGCAGGACGAGAACGACGAUGACGACGACUGGAACCCGUGCAAGGCGGCGGGCGUGUGCCUGAUGCUGCUGGCCACCUGCUGCGAGGACGACGUGGUGCCGCACGUCCUGCCCUUCAUCAAGGAGCACAUCAAGCACCCCGACUGGCGCUACCGCGACGCCUCCGUCAUGGCCUUCGGCUCCAUCCUGGAGGGCCCCGAGCUCAACCAGCUCAAGCCCCUCGUCAUCCAGGCCAUGCCCACGCUGAUCGAGCUGAUGAAGGACCCCAGCGUGGUGGUCCGGGACACCACGGCCUGGACGGUGGGGCGCAUCUGCGAGCUGCUGCCCGAGGCCGCCAUCAACGAGGUGUACCUGGCGCCGCUGCUGCAGUGCCUGAUCGAGGGCCUGGGGGCGGAGCCUCGCGUCGCCUCCAACGUCUGCUGGGCCUUCUCCAGCCUGGCGGAAGCUGCAUACGAGGCUGCAGAUGCAGCGGAGGACCAGGAGGAGCCCAGCACCUACUGCCUGUCCUCCUCCUUCGAGAUCAUCGUACAGAAGCUUCUGGAAACCACAGACAGGCCCGACGGUCACCAGAACAACCUGCGGAGUGCGGCGUACGAGGCCUUGAUGGAGAUUGUGAAGAACAGCGCCAAGGACUGCUACCCGGCCGUGCAGAAGACCACGCUGGUCAUCAUGGAGCGGUUACAGCAGGUCCUCCAGAUGGAGUCUCACAUUCAGAGCACCUCGGACCGCAUCCAGUUCAACGACCUGCAGUCCCUGCUGUGCGCCACCCUACAGAACGUGCUGCGGAAGGUGCAGCACCAGGACGCGCUGCAGAUUUCGGAUGUGGUGAUGGCCUCCCUCCUGCGCAUGUUCCAGAGCACCGCCGGCUCUGGGGGGGUGCAGGAGGACGCGCUCAUGGCCGUCAGCACCCUCGUGGAAGUUUUGGGAAGCGAUUUCUUGAAGUAUAUGGACGCAUUCAAACCUUUUCUGGGUAUCGGACUGAAGAACUACGCCGAGUAUCAGGUGUGUCUGGCGGCCGUGGGGCUGGUGUGUGACCUGUGCCGGGCGCUCAUGUCCAACAUCCUGCCGUAUUGCGACGAGAUCAUGCAGCUGCUGCUGGAGAACCUGGGGGUGAGUGCGGGAGGCGGGGCCUGUGUCACCAUGGUAACAUGGGUUUUCACAAGCUUCCCUGUGAAUGGCGUUCGGGAGGGGAGGGGGGGGAAGGUUAGAAGUGCCCUGCUUUGUGAACGAGACUCUUUAAAUUUUUAUGAAUUGGGUCUGUGUCUGUGUCUGUGUCUGUUUGUGUGUGCGUUUGUGUUUGUGGUUGUGGUUGUGGUUGUGGUUGUGUGUGUGUUUGUGGUCGUGCUGAGACAGACGGAUUACGACAUGGUGGACUACUUGAACGAGCUCCGGGAAGGCUGUUUGGAGGCCUACACCGGCAUCAUCCAGGGCCUGAAGGGAGACCAGGAGAACGUUCACCCGGACGUGAUGCUGGUGCAGCCUCGGGUGGAGUUCAUCCUGUCCUUCAUCCACCACAUCGCUGAAGACGAAGACCAUUCCGACGGCGUGGUGGCCAACUCCGCUGGCCUUAUAGGUGACCUCUGCACGGCCUUCGGGAAGGACGUGAUGAAGCUGGUGGAGGUGCGGCCCCUCAUCAACGAGCUGCUGACCGAGGGCCGGCGGUCCAAGACCAGCAAGACCAAGACCCUGGCCACCUGGGCCACCAAGGAGCUCCGCAAGCUGAAGAACCAGGCCUGAUUGCAGCCUGUGGAGAGCGAGAGAGAGGGGGGAAAAGUAACCCGCUGAGAAUGCUCCACUGGAAUUUCUUCUGUCUUUUCGCGAAAACCAGUUAAAGCAGAAGUGAAGAGUGUGUCUGAAUGCAAGAGUGAGUGAGUGAGGCUUUAUCAUACCAUCCGAGUACAAUUCCAGCUCCGCGCCGGGGCUCUCUGCCACCACCGGACUGAAUCGGACACCACCACACGGACGUCACCGUCUGGACAGCUGUAGCCAGCUCGUUCAAGAACUCUUAAACUGGUUAUCAGUCAGCCACAGGGGAAAAAAAACUAAACAAAAACAAACAAACACGAAACAAAAAGGAUUACCAGAGUAGACAAAAACAAACGAAAAAAAAAAAACUGCCAAACUCGGAGUUUCUUUUCACAAAAAAAAAGGACUUAUUUUUGCUCUUUGACUGGUCUGUGGAAGACGUUUUUACAAAGCACUUCACGUGCAGGACUUCAAACGGAGAUCUGAGAAUUUAAAAACAAACAGCAUUUUAAUUGAGAGAGAACGAGAGAGCGCGAGAGGAGAAAGGAAAAAAAAAAACAACAUACAAACGAUUUUGGACAGAAAUUGGUUUUUUUUUUUUUUUUUUGGGCUGUUGGAGUUGAAGAAAUGGCUUAAAUGGGGAAAGGAAAGGAAAAAAAAAAGAAAAGAAAAAAAGACGAGCUGGACGUGGUGGGGCCGGCUGCUUUAAACCUGUGUGAAAGCCGCUGCCCUGUUCCUGCAUGGGAGACCAGCUAGACUCGGCCAGGCCAUGCGAAGCAAGUGUGUUUGUGUGAGUGAGAGAGAGACUCUCACUCUCUUCACUUCCCUAUAAUAGA